GGCCGCUUUCAUUGGCCGAGAAGGCUGCCAAUUGGAGGUCUCCCCAUGGCGCCCUGCCCCUUGCUGACAACAGGCGUGUUAGGCUGUGAGGCUGAGUCGUAGCCGGGAAGGAGACGCUGCCCUUUUGAAGCCAUGGAACGCCGAUGCACGGUGAGGGCUUCUCAAUCCCCCCCAUCAAGAAGGUGGUAUUGUCCGACCUGCUUAGGGCAGGUGCGCGGUGGUGUGUUCCAUUAUGCGGAAAGGGGUGAGGGGGAGUGAGGGAAAUCUGUUAGUACCUUUCAUUCCAAAGAGCCCUGCGCGAACGAAAGGAGCUCUUGGGCAAGUAUUUUGCUGGAAAAUGAUAAGGUCUCAGUUUACGUUGCUGCUGCCGUUUCCUCGUAUUUGCCAUCACUCCAUUUGUGGUAGGGUCCUCAGCCCAUUUGCGGCAUGGUAUCCUUUGGCCAAGCCUUUUCCUACCUUCCCAGUUUCCGUUUGUGCUUCCAACUCCGUAAAAUUUGGCAACGUUACUUAGGCUUGCUGCCUUAAUGGGUCUCCCUGGUUCAGGUGCAGUUUACCUCAACAAAAGAAAACGCUAGUUCGUUGCUGGGGGUGGUGGAACUUGAGAUAUUGCUUGGGGCUGGACGGGUCUGUGACUUAGGAUGCCUUUAAAACGGGGUCGGGGAGAGUGGAUGAAUUGAUGGAGGACUGAGCUGCUGGCAAGCUAAGGACAAUCUCCAUGGCCAGGGGCAGCCUGCCUCCAAAAUGCCAGCCCCAGAGGGUAGCAAACAGGAGUACAGUACUGUAGUCUCUUUCUUUGCAUGCUGUUGCUUUGGGGUUUCCCCAGCAUUUACACUUGGUGAAAUGGGACUCUCGGCUUUUGUUCUGAUUGAGAAAGUCUUUUAAAAGCAAAAGUAAAAGUAAACUGAACAUAGUACAGUGGUACCUCGGGUUACAGACGCUUCAGGUUACAUACGCUUCAGGUUACAUACGCUUCGGGUUACAGACUCCGCUAACCCAGAAAUAGUACCUCGGGUUAAGAACUUUGCUUCAGGAUGAGAACAGAAAUCAUGUGGCGGCAGCGGGAGGCCCCAUUAGCUAAAGUGGUGCUUCAGGUUACGAACAGUUUCAGGUUAAGAACGGACCUCCGGAACGAAUUAAGUACGUAACCAGAGGUACCACUGUAUGUCGCUUUGCUAGUGGUGUUUGGUGAUGAUUAUGAAAUAGGAACUUAGUGUCCAGGGGCUCUAAUCAUGUGGGAGGGGGGUGAGGAUGGGAUGGCUGUUGGCUUCAAGAGGGCAUUUCAGAGGGCUUAUUCUGGCUGCAGGCUGCUGAAAGAUGCUUUGCAUGGAGAGGAUCCCAGGUUCAAUCCCCAAUGGCACCUCCAGGUAGGGCUGGGAAUGUCCCUUACUGAAACCCUGGAGAGCCAUUGCUGCCAGUCAGUGUAGACAAUAUUGAGCUAGAUGGACCAGUGGCCUGACUCAGAACAUGGCAGCUCCCUGUGCUCUAAUUUGGUUCGUAACUCAGUUGCGGAGCAUCUGCUUUGCAUGUAGAAGGGCCCUGGUUCCAUCCCUGGCAUCUCCAGAUGGGGAUGUCCCCUGCCUGAAACCCAGGAGAGCUGCUGCCUGUCAGUGUAGACAGUACUGAGCUAGAUGGGCGAGUUGUCUGACUUAACAUAAGGCAGCUUCCAAUGUUCCUAUACAAUACAGCCCACUUACAUUAGGACUGGAAUAUUACUCUGUGUUUCAGGGAAGGGCCAGAGCUCCGUGACAGAGAAUCUGUUUUGUGUGCAGAAGGUCCCAGGUCCUAUCGCCAACAUUUCCAGGUAGGGCCUAGGAGAGACUCCCUGCUUGAAACUCUGCAAUGAUAUUGCCUGUCUGAGUAGAUUGUAUUGAGCUGGAUGAACCAACGGUCUGACUUGAGACUAUUCCAUUUUAAUUUAGCCAUUUCUUCACAACCAUGAGGCCUGGUAUCUUACUUUAUUUUUAGAGGAAGGGCCAUAGUUCAGUGGCAGGGCACCUGCCUUAGACAAUGAAGGACCCAGAUUCAAUCCCUGGCAUCUCUAGGUCUGCCUCGGUAUGUCCUGUUGCUGAAACCCUGGAGAGCCUUUGCUGGCAGUCAGUGCAGGCAAAACUAAGCUUAGAUGGCCCAAUAGUUUGACUUGAUAUAAGGCAGCUUCCUAUGACGGCAAUGAUAUAGUCACUUAAAAGUUCUAUGCCAAGGAUUACAACAGAGACGUGAUUGAAAAUGAAGGAGGGAUGAAUGCCAGGAAGGAGUAGGUGUCCAUCAAAUUGUAACAAAUGUAGCUGGUGUUCUGCCCUCCUACAGACAAGAGAGUGAUGAGUUGGGUUGGGACAACUGAUAACCUGGGUGCCUGAUGGUAACUAAUUUGUACCAACUCUACUGGGUGGUUGUGUGUGUGUGUGCCUGCUCCACUGAGCAAAGGUUGCUGUAAGGUGGGUGUUUUUUUCUGCACAGCAAUUUGGAAAAGAUCUGACACGGGUGUAUCAAAAAUAAAUGCAUGCAUACAUUUAAAGUUUUCCACCCUCUUGUUGUCCAGUUGGCAUCACUGUUCAUAAGCACUGCUUGAGAAAACCCUGUUGCUUUACAAAUAAUCUGACAAUUACUGUAUUUUUCCGUCUAUAAGGCUCCCCCAUGUAUAAGAAACCCCCUAUUUUUGGGGACACAGAUUUAAGAAAAUGGGGGGAGGUGUAUCUGUGUAUAAGACGCCCCCUAAUUUAUACAUUAUUUUUUAGGAAAAAAAUGUAGUCUUAUACAUGGAAAAAUACGGUACAUAGAGCACCUUCUAUUCAUUUAUUUUGAAAUCAUUGCAUGUAGAAGAGUAGCAUGUGAAAGAGAAAACCUGAUUAGAGUCCUUCCCCUUACAAGCUCCUUUUCUAUGUGCGGGGACUUCUUUAAACAAACAAAAAACUAUGGAGGAACUAAUCAGUCACGUGGAAAGCUUAGUGUGCCCAGAGACAUGCAGCUGAGAAGCAACCCUGACUUGUUACUCUUUGUAUCUCUUGGAGUUCUGAUUGUCCUUGAUUGUCCUCUCCUACAAUUUUCAGGUUAGGCAACAAAAAGUCUAGCUGUAUCGCCUUAGGGGAAAAAAAGUCAGCGUAACAAGCUAUUCUUUAACUCCCACUCUAGUUCAGUGGUUCCCAGAGUGAGCGGAUUACCAGGUUUGGGGGAUGGGGGAGAACAACCAAGAGGCAUGGGAGGGGCGCUGGAGGUUUAAAUUACAAUCAGACUUUGAAAAACUGGCAUCACUGUAUCAAGUUCCUUAAUUCCAUUGAAUGAUUUAAACUAGUGUUAGAGUUGGAUUAUGAAUAAAGGUACAACUUUUAGUGUUCUGAAUUUUAUUGUGUUGUUAUCUUCCUUAGUGGGUCAUGCAAACUGCUAUUCUGAAUCAUGCUUUUUAUUGGGUAAGGUACGGUAUGGGGCACUGGGAUGUGUUGAUGGAAGCAAGGGGCAGUGGCCCCAAAAAGUUUGGGAACAGGAACAUGCUGUCCUGUGUUACAAUUAUGUAUUCUAGGAAGAUGCAGCUGUUGUUGAUCUGGCAACAGCAAAACAAUUUUGUUUGAAAAGAUGUCCCAUGAACUGAAAGUAUCUAAAGGGUAGAAAUAGAGGGACCUUUUAAAAAAAAAAAAAUACAUAUUGUGAUAUUGAGGCACAUGGUCACUCGGUGCUACCAGGAUAUGCAAAUGUCUGGCUCAUUCAAGACUAUAUAGAACCUUUAUCCUAAAUAACAACGGAACUCACAAGUGGAUAAUGUUUUUAUUUUUAUAAAUAGUUAUUAUUUGUGAAGGGAACCUUUGUAUGAAUCAAUACUUCAUUUUCUGUUUGGAACUGCAUGGUGCCCUUGUACUUUGCUUUUCCUGGCUGUGACUCUGUAAGGUUUAGUUUUUUUAAAUUCUUUUCUUUCUUUUUGUUAUGUUUGCACGUUUAUUUUUGUUAACAAAUAAAAAUGAAAACUUUUUUUAAAAAAAAAUACUCAUGUUUGCUUUCUUUUGUUUUUCUUUCCCUUGACUUCAGUCGCAUUGCAUACAGUAGUUUAGUUUGGUCUGAUAUGCCUCAUAGAGAAAAGCCUUAGUGGAACUUCAUGUUCAGGUGCAGUCUACUUGUGUAUAUUAUUUAUUUAUUUGUUUGUUUGUUUGUUUGUUUGUUUGCUGCUUUUUUUCUCCAUGGAGCUCAAGAACAGCCCUGCAAGGGUAGAUUAGGUUGAGAGGCAGUGACUGGCUCAAAGUCACCCAGUUAGCUUCAUGGCCAAGUGCAGGAUUUGAACCCUGGCCUCUUCCAGGUCCUACUACAACACCCUAGCCACUACACCACAACUGUCAGAAGAAAAGGGAUGUCUUUUGCCUCCCUUCUCUGCUCAUGAGCUGGCCCAAGAUGGUCUUCGCUGUUUAUUACCCCAUGACUGUUCCAUUCUGGAUGCGCUCUGUGAAAGGGCCCCUCCGUUAGUUGUGUCUGACUGUCUUCCAUUUAUUUUUAAUUAUUUAAUUAUUGUUUCGUAUCUCUGCAACAGGGAGGCGAUCUUCCAAAUAAGGCUGACUGUAGGAGCCUGCCAAAGGAGAGCUGGGUCUCUUGGUGAACUUCUUGGCCAAGGUUGUUCCUCACAGCAUUUUCCAGCGCAUGCCUAGAACGUCUAUCAAAAAUGGCAUUUCAGAGAACUGAGGGGAUGUCCAUUAUUCAGGCUCUGGCGAUGACUGUCGCAGAGAUACCGGUAUUCCUUUACACAACGUUUGGUCAGGUGAAUAUGCACAUUUAAUUCAUCCCUAUGUUUAGAACUGGAAUCUUAAUUGUAUUUUUAGGAGAAGGCCCUAGCUCAGUGGUUAGAGCACCUCCUCUGCAUGCAGAAGGACCCAGGAUCAGCCCUCAGCAGCAUCUCCAGGCAGGGCUGCAGAAUGCCCCCUGCUAUCCCAUGGAAGAUGGAGCAUGCUUGUUUUCUGCUGCUCCAGAGGGCAGGACUCAAACUAAUGGAUUCAAAUGACAAGAAAGGAGAUUCCAGCUAAACCAUAGUAGGUGGUGGACUCUCCUUCAUUGUAGAUUUCUAAACAGAGGUUGGAUGGCCAUCUGUCAGGGAUCCUUUAGCUGCAAUUCCUGCACUGCAGGGGAUUGAACUAGAUGAUCCUCGGGGUCCCUUCCCACUUUACAAUUCUGUGAAGCCCUGGGGGAGCAGCUGCCAGGCAGUGUGGGCAGUAUUAAGCUAUGUGGUCUGAAAUUGCGGAGAGCAGCUGCCAGACAGCGCAGGCAACAAUAGGCUAGAUAGAUCAAUGGUCUGGUUCAGAACUGGACAGCUUCUUAUAUGAGAAAGAUUUAACUGUGCUGGAUAAAAGUGCCUCUGCAAAAGAAUAUAUUUUUUUUAAUGACUAUAGUGACUACGGGAUAGCUCAGUCAGUAGAGCAUGAGACUCUCAAUCCCAGGGUUGUGGGUUCAAGCCCCAUGUUGGGCAAAAAGAUUCUGGCAUUGCUGGGGGUUGGACUAGAUGACCCUCGUGGUCCCUUCCAACUGACCCAUUUUAUGCUUCUAUGAUCACCCGCCCUGUCACCCUGUGGAAUGCCCUCCCAUCCGAUGUCAAACAGACAAACAGAUAUAUGACUUUAAGAAAACAUCUGAAGGCAAUCCUGUAUAGGGAAGUUUUUAAUGUUUGAUAUUUUGUUGUGUUUUUAUAUUUUGCUGUUUUACUGUGUCAAAUGUUUUAAUUUGUUGGAAGCAACCCAGAGUGGCUGGGGCAACCCAGUCAGGUGGGUGGCAUAUAAAUAACAAAAUUAUUGCAGUUGCUAUUACUACUACUACUACUACUUCUACUACUAUUUCUCUUCCCCUUUUAAAGUCUGCCUUUUCUCAGCUGAGGCUCACUCCAGGCCUGCGUAAGGUUCUGUUCGCCACAGCACUUGGGACGGUUGCCUUGGCUCUUGCAGCACACCAACUGAAGCGCCGUCGUCGUCGUAAGAAGCAGAUUGCCCCGGAGAAGGCGGGGGUGAAGCCCACAGGUGUUCCUGUUCCCAUCUUGCCAACGAGGCGGGUCCCCUCCGUCAAGAAAGGUGGCUAUGAUAUCAGAGGGAAGCCAGCAGAGGAGCUGGCUACCUGAUAUUUAGUGAGGGCGGGGGGUGGAGAGGGAGUACCAAGGGGUACAAGGUGCCGCCACACUUAAUUGUGCGGAACGGGCCUCCUGGUGGACUGGUGCCACAUCCUGCAGGACACGGUGAUAGGCUGAGGGUUUAAAGGACAAGCUAGCCUGGUCCCAAGCUGCUUUAGGUGGAGAGGCUGAGAUUGCAAGGCACCUGCAGGCCCCGAGUUAUGUUAACGUUACUGCUUGCUUUUAUAUAUAUAUAUAUAUAUAUAUAUAUAUAUAUAUAUAGCCUUUCAGCCAAAAAGGCAGCGCCCAUGAAUAAUCGUAAAAAUACAAUAAUGUAAAUGCAAACAGUAUGGAUACUUAUUCAAAACAUUUCAACAGGACUAAAUGCCAAACACAUCCUCAUUUCUGCCCCAAAGGCAAAUUAUGUCUUCUACAAAAAUAUUAAGGGAAGAGAAGGAUGCUUAAGCAGCACCUUCACCUUUUAAGGGUCCCAGGCAGGGCUGGGACUGGGGCAAGGCGGGGGGGAGGGGGAGUUGGUGCCCUUUGAUGGUUCCAGCAGACUCUCCCUGUAGCAAUGCCUAGAAGGCAACUGUUCCUUCUUAUAAGGGUCCCAAACAAACCCCCAGCAAUCGGCUAGUCAGAGAUUUCCGACUGCUGCCUUUGAAAACAGAUGUACUGCAGCUGAGGUUGUCCCCAUUUCAUCAUGGCAAUUAAGACCCCUCAUCACAAAGCCUUUUUUUGUUGUUGUUUGAACCGCAUGUUCUGUUUUGCAGGUUACUCCAAUAAGCGAGUGCAGAGCCCAAGCAGCAAAAGCAACGACACGCUCAGUGGGAUCUCCUCCAUCGAGCCCAGCAAGCACUCCAGCUCUUCCCACAGCCUCGCUUCAGUACGAGUUUCUCUUUGCUUUUUGUCUUCUAUCCAUAGCUCCUAGCCAGGGUGCUGGGCACAGACUUGUGGCCCUCUCUGUCUCGCCCUCAGGACUCUCUCCCAGGUCAUACUCCCCCGCCAGCCCUGCACUGCCCUCCCCCUGCAGUGCCUGUGUUGCUGAAAGGUAUCCUUGAAGCAGGAGCAUGCCUGUUGUUUGUCUGGAAGGAGACAGAGGGGUGCAGGUGGCAGGGUGUAGAAAGCACUGGUUUUGCAUGGCCAGAAUGUAGCAAAAAUCACAGUUGCAGUGUUUGGGAUUUUUGGAGAUAAUAUGAGUAAGAGGUUACAUGAAAGAAUUUUUAAAAGUGUAUGCACCUUAAAAAAAGAGAAAAGCAUGCUUAAUGGGGUGGGAACACUUGAGGCUGCUAACGGUUCUUUUUCUUCCUUCUCUUCUCACUUGGUAGAUAGUGGUGGCCAACUCUUCCAGCCCGACUCCAGCGUCAGCAGGACCCUGGGAGACACAACCCAUAGAAGAUCCAGGAGCUGCAGGGGACUGUAGUGCAGAAAACCUCUACUUCCAAGGUCAGGACCUGGCCUGUUGCUACUAUGUGCUGUAUGAAGUGAAAUGGUUGUCCCAGGGAAGCUGGAGCAAUCUUGUUUUCUGUUGCUUCCAUGGAUUCAAAUUGCAAGGAAGGAGAUUCCAAGUAAACGUUAGGCAGAACUUUCUGAGAGGAAGAGCAGUUUGACAGUGGAACAGACUCCCACAAGAGGUAGUGAUCUCUCCUUCACUGGAGGCGUUUAGGCAGAGGUUGGAUGGUCAUCUGUCAGGGAUAUUUUAGCUGUCAUUUCUGCCUUACAGAAGGUAGGACUAGACAACCCUUAGGGGUCUCUUCCAACUCGUCAAUUUUAUGAUUCUGUGAAAGCAAAUGCUAACUUAAAAAAAUGUGUCAGGGAGUCUUUUGUGUUGCCAAUGGAGAGUUUUCCAAUGCUGGCCAGAAAAAGAGGGAGAAAAAAGAUGGACCUUUUUGACUGCUAUAUUUUCCCCAUCUACUGUAAGAAAACCAGUUGAUUUUUUUUUUUUUUUUAAAGUGAUUCUUUGGCCUUCUUUUCUGCCUACCUUGCCUUGACAGGGAUGGAGCUGUUUGAAGAGGCCCUGCAGAAGUGGGAACAGGCUCUGACUGCCAGGCAGAGGGACCACACCAGCCCCUCCAUCACCUGGGAAAGCCGUAAAGAACAGGAGUUACUGCCAGAGGAUCUCCUGGAGGUAUAGCCCCAUUAGCUCAGAUGUGGGGAAACCUUUGUGCCUCCAGUUGAUGCUGAACUACAGCUCCUGGGGCCAUUGACCAUGUUUCCAGGGGCUGAUGGGAGUUGCAGUUCAGCAGCAUGCAGCCAGGAAGGGGGGAGUAAAGGGUUCCCCACACCUGAGUUAGUUCAGUGACAGGAGUGAGGAAUCUUUGGCCAGAGCACUGAGUUCUAAAGAUGCAGGAGCACUGGCUGCACUCUCUGUUUUACAGCCCACACCCCUGCUGCACCUCUCCACAGAGUUCAUUUAUUUAUUGCAUCCAUAUCCCACCUUUUUCUCCAAGGCAUUCAAUGUGGCACACAUGGUUCUUUUCCUCAUUUAAUCCCCACAACUCUGUGAGGUAGGUUGUAGGCUGAGAGUCAGUGAGUGGCCUCAAGGUUACCCAUAGAGCUUCAUGGCCAGGUGGUGAUUUGAACCCUGGUCUCCUAGGUCCUAGUCCAACGCUUACCACUACACUGCACUGGCACUCAUGGUGGUUGCUAUGGCAAGGCUGCCUGAAUGAAGCUCAUGGAUCACUGAUGGUCUGCAGAUCUUUUCUUUGGGUACCUCCAGCCUCCCUUGCUGCCUGUUGGGGAUUUCAUUGGAUGUUCUUUUUUAAAAAAUCACGCUUGCUGUAAAUCAUGCCUACUAGCUUCGGGGGCAGGGUGUUGAUGGGUGUGAGCCCUGCAAGGUUUAAUAAAUGCUAUAUAUCUUUUUUUCUAUUAAGCAGGAAUCCCAGAAAAUAGAGUUUGCAGAGAAGCUGGAAUCCCUCUUGCACCGGGCGUAUAACCUCCAGGAAGAAUUUGGUUCCACCCUCCCUGCUGACAGCAUGCUGCUAGACCUGGGUGAGUGGCGCUAGGAUCCAGCUGUGGGCCAAGUUCUAGGUAUUACUAUUAGUAUAUACAGUCCUUAACAAACUUGGGACCAGUUCACCUAUCAGAUUCCCAACUCCACUUGUGCUUACUUGACUGCUUUGAUAGGCAAAACUGGCACUGCUACAGGUCCCGCAUAAUGCCCGUUUCACACUUGUAAGACCUCAAUUUUUUAGUGUGGUAGCAUCUACACUUGGGAUCUCUCUUCCUUUUGAUACCAAGCAGUCAUAGAAUCAUAGACCUUGGUGUGGUCUGACCAAGGCUGAAUAGAGUAGGACUAUUACUUUCUUUAAUCUGGACACAAUACUUCUGCUGAUACAGCCCAGAAUAGCAUUAGCUUUUUUUGUUGCUGCAUCACCCUGUUGACAUAUGUUAAACUUUUGGUAUACUAAGACCCUUAAAUUCUUUUUACAUGUGCUACUGGCAAACCAGGUGUCCCCCAUCUUAUGCAAAUGGAAUGAGCAUCCCCUCAAUUCCUUAAUCCAAGUCGUUAAUUAAGAUGUUGAACGACAACAGGCCCAGGCCAGGACAGAACCCUGUGGCAUCCCACUUGUUACUUUUCUCCAGGAUGAUGAAGGACCAUAAGUGAGAACUCUUUGGGUUCGGUUAGUCAACUAGCUACAAAUCCACCUAGCAGUAACCUCCUCCAGUCACCAUCAGUGUACUCUUUUGGGAAUGUACUAAAAACCUUUUUGUUUAGACAAACCUACCGAGAUGUUUAGAAAGUUGAUGCAUGAUUAAUCUGUUUUUAGGCUUUGGUUAUUUAAACUUUUUGAAAGUCUUAAAUCAUGGGUUAUUUAUUUUUCUUAGUGACCAUUCUAUUGUUUUUUAUAUAUAUAUAUUUGUAACGUUCUUUGAGUUCUUGGGGAUUUUCUUUGAAAAAUCAGGCAGUGCAUAAAUUGAAUGAAACAGGUAAACAAACAAACAAACAAACAAACAAACAAACAGAGGCAGGACAGACUCCCACUUGACUUAGCAGGAAUGUUCUUUGAUAUUAUACAGGCAAAAUUGGGGGUGAGGGUGGUGACCUCAGAAAUGUGCUUUUUUCUCUGGCCCUCCAGCAUGCUGUGUUGAGCAUCAUACUAGUUUGCUUAUUAUUUUGAUGUCUGAGUCUUCCCACUCCCCAUCUUCCCCAGAGAGAACACUCAUGUUCCCGCUGACAGAGGAGUCUCUAAGACUCCGGGCUGAUGAUGAUGAUGAAAACAGCUUGACCUCUGAGGAUUCCUUCUUCUCUGCUGCUGAGGUGAUUUGUACUAUGUGCUGUGGUUUUCCAAACUUGCUGCCUUCGUGGUGAUGGGGAAUCCCUUUCAUGUUUGCUUGUCCAUUUCAGUAAAUUUGCUUUGAGCAUGUUGCAGAGGAUUGAGCUGUCUUCAAGGCAGUAUUGCCCACAAACCAUUCCUUUUUUGGGGAAAAGUCCUAUAAAUAACUAACCAGAUUACAAAGCAAACUACCGUAUUCCUAUGGACCCAGAGGUGGUACAGUCGUACCUUAGUUGCCGAAUGCCAUGGAAUUCAUAUGCAUUGGCUCCCGAACGAUCGAAAACUGGAAGUGAGUGUUGCGGUUUUCGAACGAUUUUCGGAAGCCAAAUGUCCAGCAUGGCAUCCACGGCUUCCGAUUGGCUGCAUUCUGUUCAAGAACAAAGGUAUAACUGUACUAUCAGUUUCCAGAAUUUUGAAGCUUAAUGAAUAAAGAUUUUAUCAUGCAUCUGCUAACAGCUGCAAAGCUAGUAAUCACUGUAGACUGGAGAUCUCUCAGAUCUUUUGGGAGCAUGGAUCUCACAGGUCUGGGGCUUGACGGUCAUGGACAAAUUAACUGCCUUAAAGCUUGAACAUCAUACAGGAAAGAGGAGUAUCACUUUCUAUGCAACAUGGUUCGGUUUUAUGCAGCAUUCACAAUCUUUUUAACAUGGCUUUUGCCCACCAAGAAGAACACAUGGAAUACUCUGGAAUGACACUUGCAAUUAAUUAUAUUACUGAUGCUUGUGAAAACAGAAGCUGUCUCCUACUUAGAGACAAAUCUGCACUCUGGGAGGGAGUUUUAUUUGUUGAUGUUAUUAUGCAAUUCUGUUUAAGUUUGCAAUCAAUAAAAUAUGUUUUUAAAAAAAACAAACAGAAAAAAAGAAGGGCAGUCCUGGGUACAGUGUCAUUGCAGUAGUCAAGUCUGGAACUCAGAGAAGCAUGGAUCAGCCUGGCACAAUCCAACCCAACAUUGCCUUAGGGCAGCUUGGUAUUUAGGAAUUGUGGCCUUUGGGUGACAUCAGUUUUAUUCUGUUACAUUUUUGCAGCUCUUUGACUCUUUUCAAAUCGGGGAGGCUCCUUUCCAGCUCUCCAAGCCGGUCGCGGCAUAUGAAGAAGCUUUGCAGUUGGUGAAGGAUGGACAGGUGUCAUGCAGGACUUUCCGGUGAGCAAGUGAGCUGAUCUGUACCAGAAAGCUCCAUAUAGUCUGUGUAUUAUGUGCUACUACCCCUGGGAGGUGGUGGGAUUACCUAGAGCAGGGGUUGACAACGUGUGGCCCAUGGGCUGGAUGCGGCCCACAAAGACCAUUUUACUGGCCCGCAAGCCACCCCCAAACCGAGCCCACCCACUUGGUGAGUCCCCCACGUGCUGCGCUAAACUGGUGCGGCAUGGCAUGGUGCGGGAACUCGCCGAGUGGCACCAGAAAUCGCAUCUGCACAUGUCCAGAUGCCAAAAAUCGCUUCUGUGCAGGCGCAGUUUUCGGCAUCUGGCCGUGGGCAGAAGUGAUUUCCAGCGUUGCGGAUAUGCGCAGAUGUGAUUUCCGGUGUUGCGCUGUGCCAGUCCGGCCCAUGGACGAUGUCCGUGGGAGUGAUCCGCCCAUGGCCAGUAAACCUUGUCGACCCCUGACCUAAAGGGAUGCUAAGAAAAAGAAGAGUUUGGAUUUGAUAUCCCGCUUUAUCACUACCCUAAGGAGUCUCAAAGCGGCUAACAAAUCUCCUUUUCCCUUCCUCCCCCACAACAAACACUCUGUGAGGUGAGUGGGGCUGAGAGACUUCAGAGAAGUGUGACUAGCCCAAGGUCACCCAGCAGCUGCAUGUGAAGGAGUGAGGAAUCGAACCCGGUUCACCAGAUUACGAGUCCACCGCUCUUAACCACUACACCACACUGGCCAGUUUCCACACUGGGUUUCAUUGUCUCCUGGCCAAGAAGCAAGGUGGCGGUGGCACUGGAGGAGUUAACAGGUGUAAAACAUUCCUGUUUGGAGAAGCCUACCCAGAUGCUUAGAAAGUUGAAGUAAUUUUAAUCUGUUUUAGUAUUUUAAUCUGUUUUAGUAUGGUAUACGAUAUCUUUAUUGUCAUUGUCCCAUACAGAAAAAUGAAAUUGGAAAUCUACAUAAAACAUUCAAAACCCCCUAAAAACUCUGAAACCCCAUUUUAAAAUAUAAUAUACUAUAGAGACUGCUUAUGCUGUGUUUAGAACCAGAAUUGCAUUUGCGUAGAAACUGUUUCUCAGGCAGCUAGUCCUGGUCUUUAUAACCCUAUACCUUCUUCCAGAAGGCAGAAGCUGAAAGAGAUCAUUUCCGGUGUGCGUACUAUCCUGCGCUAUCUCUGCAGCUUUCUUAUGGCACCUGACAGCAUAGAUUUGAUCUAAGGUGGGAAGAGUGCACCCAGUUAUUCUUUCUGCAGUCUUUACAACCCUGGACAGCAUUGUUUUUGGUGUGAAUAUGGCCAGCAAUACAUUGUCCUGUCUCACUUUUGGAGAUUCCAGUCUUUAUGUGUCCUGCCUUGCCCCUUUCGGCAGCCAUUUUGUCAUUGGAACCCAUAGGUUCCCUUUCCUCAAGGGAUAUGUGCUUAAGGAGCAUCCUGAAUGUUUACAGGUACCUCCAUUUUCACCCCUCUCUUCUCUUCUAGGACAGAGCUUUUGGGCUGCUAUAAUAACCACGACUUCCUGGCAAAGCUCCACUGUGUCAGACAAGCCUUUCAGGUAGGGAAAUCCCAAGUCUCCUCCAGACCCCUGUUCCACCUAUGUGGGAAUGUGGUUCUGUUUUGAGAGGUCAGUGGCUGGCUGGGCCCAUGAUUGGCAUGCAAGAGGUCCCAUGUUCAACUUCUGGUCUUCUCUGGUUAGACAAAUAAGUUGCCUGAUAAGAGGAACAGAAGAAGUUGCUUUAUACUAUGAGUGAGGCCAUUUGUCUAUCUAGUUCAGUACUGUCUAAAUUGACUGGCAGAGGCUCUCCAGGGUUUCAGACAGGGUUUCUUCCCCAGCUCUACCUGGAGAUGCAAUUGGGGAUUGAACCUGGGACCUUCUGCAUGCAAAGCAGAUGCUCUACCGCCGAGCAUUUUACCUAAAAAAAAUAAGGUUCUAGUCCUCAUGGUUCUAAAUAAUGAGCUAAUUUAAAUAGGAAGCUGCCUUCUACUGAAUCAGGCCCAUUGGUUUAUCUAGCCCACUACUGCCCACACUGACUGGCAGCAGCUCUCCAGAGUUUCAAGAGGGAGACAUUCCUAGCCAUAGUUGGAGAUGCCACUGGGAGGGUUGAACCUGGGACCUUCUCUAGGCACAACAGAUGUUCUAACCCAUGAUCUACAGCCUCUUCUUUUCCUGAGAGCUGCUCUCAGUCAGAGAGAAAAUAACAGAUAGACAAUUAUUGUCUCCUGGCCAAGGGCUACUUAGAAUCCUUUACAUCAAUUACACUACUAUUUUCCACCCUCUUUCCAAGGAAAAGAUUGUUAUCUCUGAAUGGGACUCUCUUUUGCAGGAACUUCUUCGGGAUGACAGAAACCAGUCCUUUUUUGGGGAGGUGGGGAAGCGGAUGGUGAUGGGGUUGAUGAUCAAGGCUGAAAAGGUAAGUGGGCCAGUUGAGGGAGAGAGGUGGCUUCAGCCAUCACCAUGGUUGCAGGAGACAGUUCUUACUCCUCAUCUAUUCCAGUGUUUCCCAAAGUGGGUGAUGAUGCCCUCUGGAGGGAAAUUCCCCGGGAGUCUCUAAGAGGCAAGGGACCGGCAGGGAUGCCGGAGGUGUAAAGGACUAUCACAUUUUGAAAUGCUGGCAUCACUGGGUCAUGUUCUUCAGUUUUGUUCAAUUAAAUAAUUGAAAUAGUUUUAAUGGGGUUCUGAACAACUGUGAAAUUAAUUGCUACUGUCUUGAAAUUGUUAGUUAUCUUCUUUAGCGGGUCAUGCAAACUGCCAUUCUGAAUAAUGCUUUCUGUAGAGUAGCAGGGUGAGUCUAUGGAACCCCAAGGAGUCAGUGGCCCAGAAAAGUUUGGGAACCACCGAUCUAUUCUCUUUAUAGCAAAGUCAGGGGCAACUUCUGUGGUCAUCCAGAUGUUGCUAGACUACAACUUUGAUAGUUUCUGCACCACUGGCUGGAGGCUGGUUAGAGCUAUGAGCCCAGCCAUGUCUGUCUACCCAGUUCUCCCACCCCACCUCUAGCAGGGUGACCCAGUUUGAACAAGACUGAUCUGAAACCACAACCACUUCACUCCACUUUUUCUUUAUUUCUCUAUGUGUAUAUCCCACAGCUACAAUUCCUAGAGUUCCCUGUGAAGAGGGAUUGAUUAUUAAGCCAUCCUGGGAAGGGUAGCUCUGGGAGAGGAGUGGGGGCGGUUUCCAACUCUCAGCAACCUGAACAAACGGCAGCUCCCAGAAUUCUUUGCGGGGGGAGGAGCCAUGACUGUUUAAAGUGGCAAUAUAUUGCUUUGAAUGCGUUGUGAAGGUGGGGCUUACUUUCUGCUUAGAGCUGACCUGAUGAAAUGAGCACAUAUAUGGUAAGUUUAAUCAUGCCCGUUUUCAGUAGGUCUGCUCUUAGUUAGACUAAUGUUGUUCAGUCUGCUGUGGUGCUGAGUUGUAGCAUAGAUUUAGCAACUGAGCUGUCUCUCUGUUCCUCCCCACAUCCCAGAACACCAAGGGCUUCCUAGAAAGCUAUGACGAGAUGCUUCAAUAUACGCUGAGGCAGGAGACCUGGCCCACAACUCAGAAGGAGCUGGAAGGACGAGGGGUUUGUGUUGUUUUCUCCUUUUUGAAAUAAAAUAAAAAGUAGUCAGUGAAAGCUGUUGUUAUUAUUGAUUCAUACAAUUUACAUGCCACUUGAUUGUAAAAAAGAGCAAACUCUAACAACCCUCAAAGCAGUUUGUAAAUAAUAAAACAAUGGAAUUAUCAGCAAAAAAGUUUUUUGAAAGAUUCAAGCAUUAAUUAAAAUAAGUAAAUGGUUCUAAAAAAUUUUAACAUUGUGUUUUAAUGCUGUAACCCAUGCUGGGACGUUGUGGUGAAGGGCAAGCAAUAAAUAAACUGUUGUUGUUGAUGCCUGUCAGUUUACCUGUAUUUAUCCUUCCCAGGUGGUCUGCAUGAGCUUCUUCGAUAUUGUGUUGGAUUUCAUCCUUAUGGAUGCCUUUGAGGACCUGGAGAACCCGCCUUCCUCGGUGCUGGCUGUCCUGCGGAACCGCUGGCUCUCGGACAGCUUCAAGGAGACGGUGCGUCUGCUGGACAUACCCCCCACUGGGAAGGAGAACUAUUUGUUUUUAUUUAUUUGCACUUACACCUCUAAGGAGCUGAAGAUGGCAUACAUAGUUCUCCUGCUUCUCAGGAGGUAGGCUAGGCUGAGAGAGGCAGUGACUGGCCCAGGGUCACACCCAGUGGGCUUUAUGGCCGAGGGGCGAUUUGAACUAACCCCGGUCUCCCAUGUCCUAGUCCAGCACUCUCACUACACCACCUCACUGGCUCUGAUUUAUGCCACAGUGCAAAUCUUACCCUUAGGGCAUCGUUCAGCCAGGUUCCAGCUUGUUCUGUGAUCCCUGAUCCCCAGGGCCGGAUUAAGACCUUUACGGGCCCCAUUUGUAAUUUGAAAUAAAAACAGCACUAAACUGUAAAUUUAAAUAAACAAACACAGAUUUAUUGCAACCCAUGACGGGAUCUGAUUUCCUUGCAUUAUUUUGAACUACACUAGUAGGAUGUCCCCCUGGUUUAGGUGGGGAUAAGAAAAAAAUGUGUAAGAGUUGUAAGGAAGUCUAGCAAAGUUCUGAUUUUUCUCAUGAUUGUUUUGAAAUAUCAAAUGUCAAAUUAUUUAUAAAUAAAUACAUUCUAUUUUCUUUUGCUUUGCUAUUGCCCAAAGCACAUUUGGGUUGUCCAGCAGUUCCCAGCCCCCACUUAAAAUAUAGGUCCAUUUUCAGUCCCUGGACUUGGUCUGGAAAAGUGAAUUUCCUCCAGCAAGCCAUGAAUUGGCCAUUAAUGCACAACAAGACGCACAAAAAUGGGAGGACCUGCUUGACACGUUUAGGGUAGAGGUGGGUUCUGAGUCUGAGAAGAUGGAAGGCUGUGAAUUUUAAGGGCUGUUGUUCCAGGAGGUGUCUGGAUGAUGGUUGAGUCAGGCGGAGGGGAGACUAGCCUUGGUGCUCACUGAAGAACAGUCUUCUCCCUUCUCUUUCAAGACUAGAAUUCAUGAACAUCCAUUGAAGCUGAAUGUUGGAAGUUUCAGGACAGAUAAAAUAAGGUCCAUCUUCAUGGAGAGCAUAGUUAAACUGUGGAAUUCGCUCUCACUGGAGGCAGUGAUGGCCAUCAACCCUAAUGGCUUUAAAAAGGGAUAGGACAAAUUCAUGGAGGCUGGCUGUGCAUUGCCUCCAUAGUUUGAGGCAGCAAUGCUUCUGAAUACCAGUUGCUAGAAACUGCAAGAGGAGAGAAGACCCUUGUGUUCAAAUCCUGCUUGUGGGUUUCCCAUUAUUAGAAGCUGAUUGGCCACUGUAAGAAGAGACUGGACUAGAUAGGGCAUUAGCCUGACCCAGCAAGACUCUUUUGAUGUUCUCAGGAUUUUUAAUUUUUUUACUGGUUUCGUUCUGAGUUUUUUGGAGUGCAACCCUCCCCGCCCCCUCUGUAAAGUGCUUACAUAUUUCUUAGACCCCAAAGCACCCUGUUCUUUCCAAUCUGAACUUAGAAAUCAGCUUCAGAUAAACUGAAAUAGCAACAGAUUCCUUGCAGAAAGGUGCAAUGGAAAAGAUCUGUUGCUUCGUAAAUUGUAAUUUGGAUCCCUUCCAAUCGGGAUUCAGGCCUCACCAUGGGACUGAAACUGCCUUGGUCGCACUGGUUGAUGAUCUCCGGCGAGCUAGGGACAAAGGUGAGAGUUGUUUCCUGGUUCUGCUGGAUCUCUCAGCGGCCUUUGAUACAAUCGACCAUAACAUCCUUCUGGACCGUCUAGAGGGGCUGGGAGCUGGGGGCACUGUUAUACAGUGGUUUUGCUCCUUCCUCCUGGGCCGUGUUCAGAAAGUGGUGGGGGGGAUGAGUGUUCAGACCCCUGGGCCCUCACUUGUGGGGUGCCUCAGGGUUCCGUCCUCUCCCCCAUGCUUUUUAACAUCUAUAUGAAGCCGCUGGGAGAAAUCAUCAGGGGAUUUGGACUGGGUGUCCAUCAAUAUGCAGAUGAUACCCAGCUCUACCUCUCUUUCAAAUCAGAACCAGUGAAGGCGGUGAAGGUCCUGUGUGAGUGCCUGGAGGUGGUUGGAGGAUGGAUGGCGGCUAAUGGAUUGAAGUUGAAUCCUGACAAGACAGAAGUAUUGUUUUGGGGGACAGGGGCGGGCUGGUGUGGAGGACUCCCUGGUCCUGAAUAGGGUAACUGUGCCCCUGAAGGACUAGGUGCGCAGCCUGGGAGUCAUUUUGGACUCACAGCUGUCCAUGGAGGCGCAGGUCAAUUCUGUAUCCAGGGCAGCUGUCUACCAACUCCACCUGGUACGCAGGCUGAGACCCUACCUGCCCGCGGACUGUCUCGCCAGAGUGGUGCAUGCUCUGGUUAUCUCCCGCUUGGACUACUGCAAUGCGCUCUACGUGGGGCUACCUUUGAAGGUGACCCGGAAACUACAAUUAAUCCAGAAUGCGGCAGCUAGACUGGUGACUGGGGGUGGCCGCCGAGACCACAUAACACCGGUCUUGAAACACCUACAUUGGCUCCCAGUACGUUUCCGAGCACAAUUCAAAGUGUUGGUGUUGACCUUUAAAGCCCUAAACGGCCUCGGCCCAGUAUACCUGAAGGAGCGUCUCCACCCCCAUCGUUCUGCCCGGACGCUGAGGUCCAGCGCCGAGGGCCUUCUGGCGGUUCCCUCAUUGCGAGAAGCAAAGCUACAGGGAACCAGGCAGAGGGCCUUCUCGGUAGUGGCGCCCGCCAUGUGGAACGCCCUCCCAUCAGAUGUCAAAGCAAUAAAUAACUACCUGACAUUUAGAAGGCAUCUUAAGGCAGCCCUGUUCAGGGAAGCUUUUAAUCGGUGAUAUUUUACUGUAUUUUUUGUUUCUAUGGAAGCCGCCCAGAGUGGCUGGGGAAACCCAGCCAGAUGGGCGGGGUACAAAAAAAUUAUUUAUUAUUAUUAUUAUUAUUAUUAUUAUUAUUAUUAUUAUUAUAAUGUGGAGACUUCAGAUUGUUGUGGUUCAACAGCUGUAGGUCGUUGGCCUUUGAAAUAAAAGUUGGCAGCGUGAUGACAGUCUUGCUUUUUCCUAUAUGUAUUUAAUUUCAGGCUCUUGCCACUGCCUGCUGGUCGGUUCUGAAAGCUAAGAGGCGACUUCUAUUGGUAAGUUUAAUGGUAUAGUUGACUUGCAUACAAUGGUUGGUUAGCAAGUUGAUUUUGGGGGGGAGGAGGCUAAUGGUCUAAUUGAUUCUCAUUUGUAAAAUUUUGCUUCCUGAUGUCUAGAGGAUAUUUUGUUUAAUUGUUUACUAUGUUCCUUAUGAAUUUUACUGGUUUUUUGUAGCUGAUAUUUUAUGUGUGAUGUUUAUCUUGAUACUAAAGAGGAUGCUUUUAAGUCACAAUGUGGCUGUAUCAGUUUGAUUUGCAGUCCUUAUGAGUGGUGUAGUCACAUUGCAAUGUACAAAGAAUUGCUAUCACAUCAUCAUUUUUAUUUCUUAAAUUUAUAUCCCGUCCUUCAUCACAGGGCAGUUUACGGUAUAAAAACACAAAAUACACAAUGCUAGUCCUACUAGGAGUGGACCCAAUAACAUUUUUUGUUUUAUUAUUUAUUUAUUGCCAGCACCCCUACACCUUAAGGUCCCAGGGCAGUUUACAACAUUAAAACAUAGUAUUAAAAACAGUUUGAAACAACUUGCAGUCAUGAAAAUAAGGGUUAAUGGCCAUGACCAAGUUAGACCCAUCCAUUAUAGUUGGUCUACUCUCAGUAUGCCUUAGUUGGCUACAACAACCCAAAGUAUUUUAAUAAAAUUGGGUUGCAUCCAAUGUCAGUCCUGCUCAGAAUGGACCUGUUGAAACAGAUGGACAAACUCGGGUACAUUUAUUCUAAUAGGUUCUGCUCUGAGUAAAAGUUAAAAAUAUACCCCAUUACAGUGUGUGUGUGUGUGUGUGUGUGUGUGUGUGUGUGUGAGAGAGAGAGAGAGAGAGAGAGAGAGAGAGAGAGAGAGAGAGAACCACUGUUCAGUUUGUUUUUCUUUCUCCCACAUCAGGUCCCAGAUGGCUUCAUAUCCCAUUUCUACUCCGUAUCGGAGCAUGUCAGCCCUGUUCUUGCCUUUGGUUUCUUGGGGCCAAAGGAGCAGCUCUCUGAGGUUUGCUGCUUCUUCAAGGUAAAUAAAGUUAAAAAUCAUAGAACUGGAGAGUUGGAAGGCUCCCAAAGUCCAACCUCCUGCAAUGCAGGAAAUAUAGCUAAUUUUAAUUUACCUAAACUUUUCAAUUCUAAAGAUAAAGAAAUAAUACCAGUUGCACUGUAACUUAAAAAGAAUAAUAAUCCACUUUUGGUCAUACGUUAUUUAUCUAUUUCAUAACAUUUAUAUACUGCUUGACUGUAGAAAAAAACUUCAAAGUGGUUAAUACUUACUGAUUGUUUCUUGCAACACUGCAAACCCACCCCCAAAUGGUGUUAUGUAUUUUUUUCUUUAAUAUCUGGGAUGCCCUUUGAACAUUGAAAAGGAGUCUGAGGACUGCAUGAAGUUUCGAGUUCACAAGUUUCCCACCUGCAGCCUAAGACAAUGUUCAGUUUUUAUUACAAGCUAACUAUCUUGCUGGUUCUUUCUCACCCCUUUCCCCAGCACCAGGAGAUGUUGGGGGCCACAUGAAAUGAGGCCAAGGGCCACAUGUGUUUCUCAAGCCACAAAUUGCCCAGUCCUUCAUUUUUUAUUGCCAACUAUGCUGCUGAUUAUCUUUCUCCCACUCUCUCUCCUCCCCAGCACCAGAUCCUGCAAUAUUUGAAAGACAUGUUUGACCUAGACAUUGUGAGAUACUCCACUGUCCCGUUGCUAGCAGAAGAUAUCCUCCAACUCUCUCGGCGCCGCAGUGAGAUCCUGCUGGGUUACUUGGGGGUUGAGACCAUCCCAGAGGUGAACGGGACUCUGCCCAGUGACAUUGUACCCUUUGAGGAAUUCAACUGAAGCUCAUCCAGGCAACAAGCAUCUUCUCUUCUAACAGAUUCUCUUGCCCCCACCAUCCAGCUGUCCAUCCCAACCAAGUGGCUUAAUAAUUGGCAGCAAAGACACUAUUCCGUCCCAACAGUGAGUCAGGGUAUUAGCCACUGCCCCAGAUGUUCCUUGUUGGAUCCAGAGGUUUGGCAAGGGGCAUUCAAGGGCACUCAGUGAACCUGUUUCUGGCUCAUCUGUAGUUCCUGUUUCUUAAAAAUCUUUUUUAGCUCUAGCAUAAAAUGUGAAACACAUACCAGGGCCUGAGCCACCCCCGUCCAACCCCCCCCCCCAAACCUGCAAGGUGGGGGGGGGUGUAGUGCACAAGAACACUUUUCCUUCCUUUUAAAAUGUGUGAAUAGAUUCCUAAUGAAAUUGGGGAAGAGAAGAUAAUUGAUUUGUUUUGCUGUGUCUAUGUUUGUAAAGGCUUCUGACAGUUCUGGUGUGAAUUAUGAGGAUAGCAGAUUGCUAUCUCUCUGUGCUGUGCUGUCUUUGCAGCUGCAUUUCACUACAUCAUGAAUUUUAAAAUGCCAUCAUAGUAUUUCCUGUGUGCCCCCUUCCAUUUCCUCUAUCUCUCUGAGUGGGCAGUAUCCUCUUGUUUGUUUAUUUUUUCACUGAGCACAAUGACAAUGCGAUGGGGGGGGGGGAGUUAUGUGUUGUUACUGUGGGGAGCAAGUAGCCUUGGGCAUUUUAAGCUGUGGGGAGGUGGUGUAUCGAUUUUGUUUGUUACCAUGUUUGUUACCUGUGAUCCUCAGAUGAAGGGUGUUACAGAAAUUGGAUAAAUAAUAAUGAUACGGGAAGCUAUUUGGAGCAGUAAGUUGUAUAAAAGAAGAUUCAGUUCAGUUCAGAGAGCUUGGGUCCCUGGAAGGGAGAGGCUGAUGGCAAAUACUUUAACCCAUUCACACCACCACGUGUGGAAAGCACCACAUUUGCACUGAGGGAUUAUCCUUUGACUAAGGUUAUGGGACAGACCAUAUACAAUGCAUUGAAAAAUCAAAUUUGGGGCUUUUGGGGGAGAGAUGGCUUCCCACUAGUGAAGGUUGGCAGUAUUCUUUAUGGAAGAAUUAGUGAUCGAGGGUCAAUUCAUUCUGUUAUUUAAAACUGAGAAUUUGUCUCUUCUUCUCCACCUCCUCCCUUGAGCACACAAGGAGCACUUUAAUGUCAGGAGAAACCAAAGCUGUUUGUUACUUACGGACCCAGGGAACUAUGGUUUGUUCUACCCAAAAAGGUGGUGUAAAGAAUUGAAGCAUGCUCUGUUAUCUUGGUUUGUUAAGUAUUGUGCCACAUUCAUACUGUACAAUUAAAGUACUGUGAUGCCACCCUUCAAUUCUAUAAUCCUAUUCUGUGUCCGACCCCUUGCAAUGCAGGAAUAUGCAGCUAUCAUAGUGCUUUAAAUAUGUGCUGUGAAUAUAGCAUGCAGAUGCCUUCCAGCUGUUCCUGGACAUGGUGUCCUUGUACAUAAUCUCUGGCCCUCGAUCACGUUAGCUGUGCCUGAUGGGAGUCCUGCCAAGUCGGAAUUGCAUCCUGUUGGCUAAACCCCUAAUUUGGGAACUUAGAAUACUAGAAGGCUUGCAGAUGCCUGGAAGGAAAUAAUGGUGCUUGAAUGCCUGAAAAUGAUGGCUAAGAGGAUGAGGGAUAUUGUAAGAGCUGGUUAAGAUAUUUCUCUUGUAUAUUUUCACUGUUUUGUCGUCUUGUGUAGCUAACCCAUCAUGCAGCCACAUUCUCUAGCAGUGAUGGAGAGACUGAGGCACCGUCCAGAAGUUGUUGGACUCUCAUUCCCUUUAGCCAGCAUGGCCACAGGUGAUGGGAGUUGUAGUCCAGUAUCAACUGGAGGGGGGCCCAGGUCCCGCAGCCCUGCAGUGUAGGAGUUUCUGUGUGGGAAAUGGAAGGGGAAAACACUACAGAGCAAGUGUGGGGAACCUUUGGCACUGCAUUGUGUUGCUAAACUUCAACUCCCACUAUCCCUGGCUAUUGGCCGUACAUACUGAUACUAAUGGGAGUAGUAGUUCAGCAAAUAUCUGGCUAAGGGGCAAGGGUUCCCCACACUUGCUAUCAAUGCUGGUGGCAAGUGAAUGCAGGAGGAUGUAUUGCUAGUUGUCAAGGACCAAGGGCCCGAUCCACUGGAGAUGCAGUCAUGCAACAAACAAAUACUUGUGUUCAUAUUCACAGAUAGUGUCAAUAACCAGCAGCACUGUUGGAGUGCUUUUCACUGAAGCCUCUUAAGAUGCUAAAACAUGUCCACACAAAAAAUGGGUUUUGGUUCUCUGUCCAGUCCUAGGAGAAAAUGAAUGUGACUUGGCGUAUUUUUUGCAGAUUUCAGAGGUCUUUUUACAACCUGUUCCAUUAGGUUAAAAUGUGUGGGUUGUUUUUAACGAAAGGAGAUACACACAGAGCUUUUUCUAUUUGCACGUUAGAAUUACUUGUGUAGGUAUCUGGUUUCUUUGCUAGAACUUGACUAGAGUUGCCAACUGACCAGAGAAGGAACCUUGCCAAGACUGUUCCUGCGCCUUUUUAACAGCCGCUUGUGCAGAAAUCAGCAGGUACAAAUCUUACACAUGAUCAUUUCCUUAUGGCAGAACUCAUGCAUCAUGGCAAACCACAGUUUGCCAUCAUAAGCUGAUUGAGCUUGCUUCACCCCUCUCCACUAAUGGGCAGAGCAGACCAGUCAUGACCAGCAGCUUAGUGUUAUGAUCGAACCAUAGAUUGUAGACAAGGUUCGUUAUUGACUACAGGCUGUGGUUUGUUUCGGAGUGAAACAAACCAUGAACUCCACUUCAGAUGUAACAUUAAGUGAGUGAUUGUGGUUUGUUACUCUUAAGCAUGAGAGUGGAGGGGCACAGCAGCCGCUAUCAGCUCAUGAAUUGUUUGGUUAACCAUUGUUUUAUAGCGUAUGGUAUGUGUGUGAAUACAAGCGGUGAGUCUUAGAUCAAGAACGGUUUCCUUUAUCUCUUUUUAAAGGACAUUCCUGUUAAACCUGAAGCUAAUGAAUGUAACAUUUGUGCCUAAUCUGUUUCUUUUUAAAAGAUUUCAUUUUCCUUAAUUGUAAAAUAUUUGUUGGGAGUUUUGUUUUGUUUUGUUGUGCUGCAUAUCUCACGUCUUUUGCAAUUUAAUUUAAAUCUCUUUUUUUCGUAUCCCAUUAAGGUUUCGGCAUUCAAAAUCAAAUAAAUCUUUCCUUCAUUAACAAA